AAAAGUUAGAAGAAAAGCGCUUAAUAAAAACAAAACAACAGCAAAUGACGACGCUGUUGGGUCCGGUCACUCCGUUGAACACUCGUCGUUCUUCGCUGUCACACAUAACACAUCACAUGCCUUAACCAUUUAUUCACUCAUUCAUUCACCGUUCUUUCCUCAACCCUCUUCGCACGCGCAAUGGACCUCCGCCACCGCGUGCCGCCCACCGCCCACGACGGAGUUAUUCACCAUCCCAACCGCGGGAAGAGGGAUUCCUCUCCCACAUCAUCAGCGUCCUCUCCUAAGGCCUCCGACGCGCUCCCUCUGCCACUAUACCUCACCAACGCCAUCUUCUUCACUCUCUUCUUCUCCGUCGCAUACUUCCUCCUGCACCGGUGGCGCGACAAGAUCCGCAGCCACACACCUCUGCACGUAGUCACGCUCUCCGAGAUUGCCGCGAUUUUCUCCCUCAUUGCCUCAUUCAUCUACCUCCUCGGCUUUUUCGGCAUCGACUUCGUCCAGUCCUUCAUCACACGCGCCUCGAACGACGCGUGGGACGUCGAUGAAGCUGUUUCGGAAUCCUCGCCCAGGCCCUCGCCCUCUACGUCAAUUACCAAAUUGCCCCCUGUUGAGUGCUCGUUGAUCUCCCAAGACGAUGAGGACAUUGUCCGCUCCGUUGUGAACGGCGUUACGCCGUCCUAUGCGCUCGAGUCUCGCCUUGGAGACUGUCGCCGUGCGGCGGCGAUUCGGCGCGCGGCUCUGCAGAGGAUGACGGGGCGGUCGCUGGAGGGGCUGCCGCUGGACGGGUUCGAUUACGACUCGAUUUUGGGGCAGUGCUGCGAAAUGCCGGUAGGAUACGUGCAGAUUCCUGUGGGGGUGGCGGGCCCGUUGCUGCUGGACGGGUUCGAGUACACGGUGCCGAUGGCCACCACGGAGGGGUGCCUUGUUGCCAGCACCAAUCGAGGGUGCAAAGCUAUAUAUGCAUCUGGUGGGGCCAGCAGUGUUGUUUUGAGGGAUUGCAUGUCAAGGGCCCCUGUUGUCAGGUUCUCCACUGCUAAGAGGGCUGCACAGUUGAAGUUCUUCUUGGAGGAUCCUCUCAAUUUUGAUACCCUUUCCGUUGUUUUCAACAGGUCGAGUAGAUUUGCCAGGCUGCAAGGUAUUCAGUGUGCUAUGGCUGGAAAGAACGUUUAUUUGAGAUUCACCUGUAGCACGGGUGAUGCCAUGGGUAUGAACAUGGUUUCCAAAGGGGUGCAAAACGUUCUUGACUUUCUUCAGAAUGAUUUCCCUGACAUGGAUGUUAUUGGCAUUUCUGGAAAUUAUUGUUCGGAUAAGAAGCCAUCUGCAGUAAAUUGGAUCGAGGGACGUGGGAAAUCAGUUGUUUGUGAAGCAAUUAUUAAAGAAGAAGUGGUGAAGAAGGUAUUGAAGACCAACGUGUCUGCCCUGGUGGAGCUUAACAUGCUUAAAAACCUUACUGGUUCCGCUAUUGCUGGUGCUCUUGGUGGAUUCAAUGCCCAUGCUAGUAACAUUGUUUCUGCAGUCUUUAUAGCCACUGGACAAGAUCCAGCACAAAAUAUUGAGAGUUCCCAUUGCAUAACCAUGAUGGAAGCCGUUAAUGAUGGGAGGGACCUUCACAUCUCGGUGACCAUGCCUUCCAUUGAGGUGGGUACUGUUGGGGGUGGAACUCAACUUGCAUCCCAGUCUGCUUGCUUGAAUUUACUUGGUGUGAAGGGUGCGAGCAAGGAGUCACCAGGAUCAAACUCAAGACUUUUGGCCGCCAUUGUUGCUGGAUCUGUUUUAGCCGGAGAGCUGUCUCUGAUGUCUGCCAUUGCAGCGGGGCAGUUAGUCAACAGCCACAUGAAAUACAACAGAUCAAGCAAAGAUGUAACCAAAAUAUCAUCUUGAUGUGGUGGACGUUGUUGUAGACAUCAAUUGUGGAGUCUAGAAUAAAAUUAGAUUAGGCUGUUGCUGUCCAUGAUUAGCUUUGUAUCGCUGUCUGUAGAAUCUUUUAUUAUAUUUGGAGAGGGGAAAGUAGAUUUCUUCUCUACCUGUUCCCUCUCCCUCUGGGUCCUUCCUUUACUGGACACUUUUCAUUGCAUUAUUGAAUCUCUUGUUUUAGCAAA